CAGAGCUGACGGUCGCAUUUUGUGGUGUUCCGCCGUGGUACUAUUUUCGAGUCGGAUCCUUUUGGCAAAAAUUAACACAUCCGGUGCCAGGUGUAAUGCAAAGCUGUUCUACCGGUAGCCGUUAGUGAUUUUCGACGGGAACUGUUGCCGAUAUCCUUGGGAAAGUGACGAAAAUUGUGUUGUAAAAGUGACCCCCUUUGUUUCGUCGCGCAACCAUUGAAAACCAUUCCAGAAGCAGUCUUCGUGGUCGUCGUCGUCGUCGCCGUUGUCGCUGUAGUGAGAAGGAACAGAAAAGGGCAAAGAAGAAUAAGAAGCAAAAGUCGCUCACCACAUCACCUUAAUUUUUUUUACCCGUGUGCUGAAGCUUAUGCUGAGCGGUGUUCGGCUGUGUGAAAGAAGAAGAAGAGUGAGAAUCGCGUAUUAUGCUGCACUCUCGCGAGAUCCCAGUUUUAUGCUAAAGUGUGUUGGUACGAUCGUGAAGCUGCGAAUGUGCGCCUAUGUGAGUGAGCAAACCGUACAGCAUAGUUUCUAUAUCCUAAACGAAGUGUUGCCAUAGCUGGAAGGAAAAUACCUUACGAUACACGAAGGCUGAUGAGCUGCGAAGUGGCCGUUGGAAAUUUUCUACGAUGAAUGGUUUUGCGGUCUAUUGUUAUGCUGCGCUAGGAUAUUAGAUCAGCGGAAAUGAUACCGAACAAAGUGGAUAUUUCUUGCGGUUGAUAGUAUCUGGCAUUGAUAAAGGUCUUGUGCGGUCCCACCACCGGAGUCUCCCAACAGAUUGCAUCGAGAAAGAAUUGAAACAGCGAAAAUAAUAAUAAUAAAAAACGGCACAAAAAAGUGAGUGAGAUUCCCGUUAGGUCACUGCCGACCGUCCGUCAGCGCGUCCAGCGGUGUGUUCACGGCGAGCUUGUGUCGGCUUUGCCCUUUUGGCUGCCCGUGAGUGGUCCCCAUGAAACUGAACCGAACUGGCACCAACACUAGUAAGUUGUUGGAGCUCGCAGAACGCAUACCAUACCACUCGGCCUGAUGGGCGGCCAUCAGGCAGCAGAGAGUGAAUGAGUGUGAGCCUGUUGGCCUGAGUAGCAGCGGCAGCAUCAUAGCUAGUCGUUCGUUGGCAGGACGGAGAGAGCAUAAAAGUGAUGGAUUAACACAUAAAAGGUGCUAAAAAAUUCUUGGAAAACGCAAAGCGGGUUUUCCACUUUGAAGCGCGGUGAAAGAGAAAAUGGUCCCGGCGAACUGUGGAGAGCUGUCGUCAUCGUGUCACCGCGACCGUCAGGACCGAAGAAAUUAGCGUCGUUUAGCCUCUGGAGACCUGUGCAGUAACGACUAGACAAGAGAUUGUAGAAGGUGUGAAAGGACGUCGUAUAUUUCCCUCGAGGGGAAUAAAAGGGAUUCAUCUAGAAAGUGCUACACAAUAAUCCGUGUGGUCCCGCACGGUUGAUUCGAUUCGGUUCGGUACGGUGAAAAUACCUAAGACAAAGCCGUGUGCCGGUGUGUGGAAGUGGCUAGUUACGGUCUGUGUGUGAAUGUGACACUCACGAUCCGCCGUGACCACCGUCCCGUGUCGACGGUUUGUGAUUCUGUAUAGUCAGAGCAGCUAGCGGGAAGGUAGGAGCGCACUACUGGUGGAUUGGAAAGUGAAUGAGAAAAAAAUAGAAGAAGAGAAAAUGAUAGUACUACCUAUACUAGCGUGUAGUGAUGAAGUAAGCUCAAAAGAAAGUUGAUUUUUGUUGUUAUUGCCGUUGUUGGUGUUGUUGAUGUUUUGCGUGUUCGAUUGCUCCCUUAGCGAGGAGUUGUAUUUCGGCUUGAAGGUUUUUGCCUGCUGUAGACGACAAUUGUGACACCGAACGCUGUUCCGUGCCGUACCAAUCUAGAAGCUACGAGACGAGAGGCAGUGUUUGAAGUUAUGUAAUCCUUCGGGCAUGGAUUCUGCCGGGCCCAGUGAUUGAUGAGCGAACGCAAUUCGCUAUCGGGUUGGCGCUGUCCAACGUUAGCAGGCGUUUCCGCCAUUGGUUUUGCACCAGUAGCGACAACAGCAGCGGUCGCCGCACAGCAGCCGUAGCAGCAGCAGCAGCAGCAGCAGCAGUAGCAGAACUUCAGCAGUACUAGUGUACGAUGGAGAUUCAACGAUCAAAACAGAUAAUUCGCAAUCACCGGAACAGUAUGCAACGAGAGCAGCACCACUUCCACCAUUACUACUAUCAGCAGCAAGAGCAACAGCAGCAACAGCAGCAGCAGAAGCAGUCGCCCCAGCAGGGCAACCGACGGCAGAACAGUACUAUCCCGAACUCGAUUAGCAGCGCCGAGUGGGAAUGAUAUGCAUUGGCAAUCGUUAGACCCAACCCAGCAGCACAGGUGGAAAGAAUCCGAAUCGACAGCGACCAGAUAGCAGCAAUGAUUCGAACUCAGCAACAGAAGAAGACAGUAUUUGGCAGUGGCGGCAGUAUGAAAAGGAGGAGUAGUAACAGUAGCAACAGUAACAAUAACAAUCGUAGCAGAAGAAGACGAAGGUUUCGGUUCCCGGCGGCCAGCUGUUUCCAUUGGAGCGUUUGGAGCAGUGUGGCAUUUUUGUUGAUGACGCUCCCGUCGCUCAAUCUUGCCAUAGCGCCCAUGUACGAGACAGCGUAUGCCUGCGAGGGCAAAACUUUGAUGAUUGAGUGCGAAAAUGGCGAUCUGAUCAAUCUGAUCCGGGCCAACUAUGGCCGGUUUUCCAUCACAAUCUGCAACGACCACGGGAAUGUGGAUUGGAGCGUUAAUUGUAUGUCGCCGAAAAGCUUGCGCGUGUUGCACUCCAAGUGCGCCCAGAAGCAGAACUGUUCGGUUCUUGCUUCGACCAACAUGUUCGGAGAUCCGUGUCCGGGUACGCACAAGUAUCUGGAGGCGCACUACCAGUGUGUUUCGGCUGCACAAUCCUCAACGACAACCAACCGACCGAGUCCGCCGUGGUUGAAGACAUCGCAGCCGAUCGUAUGGAGCACCUCAACGGUGCGGAAUCCGGUGCUCAGCAAGCUGAACUUUUCCGACCCAUUGGCGGGUUUCGGAGUAACUUCUUCGGCCGUAACCAGCAGUGGCGUUACGACAGGAGUGAAAGUGAAACCAACGGCACCCUACAAGCAGCAAACCUUAAUGGUGAACAACCAACAAUCGUCGCCAUCGUUUCGCCAGAAGGGAUUCGACAACAAAAGUGUGAACGAUGAUCUUGCCAUCAUCAAGCAGAUUAGUGAUGCGGUCGGCAGUGGUGGUAGAAAAAAUUCCGGUGCUGCCCCCGAAGACGAUGAAGAUUUCGGUGACGAUGAAGACUAUUUUCCGACACAAACGGCAGUAUUAUCCAAUGUUAAUAGAGAGAGCAGUGGCGGUAGCAAAGGCUACGGUGAAAGCAAUGUUCCGAUUGGUGGAAAUCCUAGCAGUAAGAAGAAUGAUAAUCACGACUCACCCAGCAGCAGCAGUAGUGGUAGUAGCAAUAGUGGUAGUAAUAGUAAUAGCAAUAGCAUAAGCGGUGGCAUCGGUGGGAACGAUAGUGGUAACGCUGUGAACAAUGUGUUAGAUGUGAGUCAUGCUUGCGGUCCGACGACGGCACGCUCCUUGUUCUGGAAUGUGACACGCGUGGGAGAAGCGAAUGUACAGCCCUGUCCCGGUGGGGCCACCGGUAUUGCCAAGUGGCGAUGCGUAGCAAUAGGAUCACUGACGCCCGAACAGCGUCUGCAAUUGCAGCACGAGCAGCAACAGCAACAAUCAUUUCUAGAUGAUAAUAACAAAAGUGAUAUUAGUUUUAAUAGCAAUCUUAGCGGUAGUAGAAGCGGAGGGGCCGGUGGAGCUGUGGCCACGUGGUACUCAUAUCAGCCGGAUCUAACGCAGUGUCGAUCGCUGUGGCUCAACAGCCUGGAGGUCCGAGUCAAUCAGCAGCAGGACUCGUCGCUGAUAUCGAUUGCGAACGAUCUGUCGCAGGUCACCAGCAGCAAGACCCUGUACGGCGGGGAUAUGCUGGUCGCAACCAAGAUCAUUCAAACCAUGUCCCAGAAGAUGCAUUUUGACAUCGAAACGAUCCCCGACCAGCGGCAAAGAGAAACACUGGUUUAUGAACUACUGAAUAGUGUGGUAAAAACGGGAAGCAAUCUAUUGGAUCAAUCUCAGCACGCCAGCUGGCUGGAUUUGAGUGUCGAGGAUCAAAUGCGGGUCGCAACGUCACUGCUAACGGGAUUGGAGGAUAAUGCAUUCCUGUUGGCCGAUACCAUUCUACGAGAGCGACACGUAGUGCAAAAAGUUAAAAACAUUCUCCUAUCGAUACGGGUUUUAGAGACGCGAAACUUUGUUAAGAACGAAGUUUUCCCUGACUCGAGCCAAGAGCGUUGGCACGUCAGUGACGAUCUGAUCGAGUUGCCCAAGGCAGCACUGAUCGAGAACAGUGAGGGUGGCUUGGUUCGAAUAGUUUUCGUAGCAUUCGAUCGGCUCGAGCAGAUUCUGAGGCCACAAUUUAGCAACGUUCACCAGUCGCGGGUAGAUCAGAACAAACUGGAACAGGAUGACACCGGUAGCAAUCCGACGGCUGGCGUAAAAAGUGAAACAUCAACCACGCCUCGACAGCGAUUGCUCAACAGUAAAGUGAUUUCCGCAAGCUUGGGUAAGGGACGCCAUAUUCAACUUUCCCAACCCAUCCGAAUGGUUUUGAAACACUUGCGAACGAAAAACGUAUCCAAUCCUACGUGCGUCUUCUGGAACUACAUUGACCACGCAUGGUCCGAGGACGGCUGCUACGUGGAACACACCAACGCUACGCACACAGUUUGCAUGUGCAACCAUUUGACCAACUUUGCCCUGCUGAUAGAUGCAAUCGACGAAACGCAACUCUCGCUACUCUCCAUCAUUGACGACGAUAUUAAAAUUUUAAUCUACAUCAGCGUGGCAAUCUGUCUGGUGAUUAUCGUGGUGGCACUGUUUUCCCUAAAACUAUUCAACGGUGUGUUUGCGAAGGUACGCAACAGCAGCCGGAGGCACCACCAGGCAUCAACGGCCAACAAUAAUGCGGCCGAUUUGCAUUUGCCCAACCACCUGCAACACCAUGGACUAAUAGGCACCGGGCAGCAUCAUCAUUUGGGAGUCGGCGGUGGCGCCGAUCAUCUGGACGUCAGCAUCCACCAGCAUCAGCUUCCGCACCAGCAGCAGCAGCAGCAACAGCAGCAACAACAGCAGUACAGUAGUGGACUAAUGGCCGCCGACAGUGGUCACCUGAUGCGUCCAGCGCACCACCACAACCAUCAUAACAAUAACAAUUUGGUAACAACCACGUUCAACAAUCUGGCACCCGGUGCCGGCGGUCCUCCCGGUGUAGGACCGCUCGGUGUCGGCUAUGAAACUGCCACCCACCAUCGGCUAGCGGUACAGGAGCGACUCAAUAACAAUGUAAAUUCCCCCAAUAAUCACGCUUUGACAUAUCGCGCUAAUAAUAAUAAUCAAAUCAAUUUAUUACGUUCAGCAAAUCAGCAGCCGCAGCAAACUACUGCUGCUACCUUACAAACCACAUCAUCAACAUCUAUAAUCGCCACUGCCACCGGGCAUGGGAUCGGUGGCGGGGGCGGUGCCAGUAUAGGUGGCGUCAGCAGCAGCAGCAGCAGCACCGGUGGCAGCAGUGGCGGUGCUGAGAUGGCCGUGUACAAUUUGACCGAAACGGGCACUGCCACUGCCACCUCGACGUCGUCCAGCGUGGCGGCUAUCAGUGCGAGCAGCAUACCGCUGCUGCAUCACCACCAUCAUCACCAUUUGCACCAUCAUCUGCAUCAGCAUCACCAUCUGGGCGAUGGUGGUGGCGGUGGCGGUGGCGGUGGCAGAGGCAGUAUCAGUGGCGGAAGCAUCGCUAGUAGCGGUAAGCGGAAUUUGUAACGAAAGCCGAGCGAGAGAAAGCGAGAGCGAGAAGGAGUGUGACAGUGACAGAAUGGAAGAACGGAAGGACGAAAGAGUAAGACCAUGUUUAGGAUGUGCUUAGUCUAUAUGUAGAAUUCUUUUUUUCCGUUAAAACUUGUACAGACCCGGCGGGGGAACGAUCCUUUUCCCCCCGCACACUGAUAUUGCUGUUCGAAGCUCAAUAGAAGCAGAAAAAGAGUGUGGAAACUCGCGUUGUUAUUGUGUAACGAUACAAUUCCUAUUGGAACGUGAAGAAAACUUAGCAUAUAGCAUAUAUAGGAAGACAUGUGUUUCCGGUGACGUGCUGCCAUUGGUUGAUGAGAGAUGAUGGGGGUAUAAAUUGCUCGCAAUUUCCUUCUUGCCUGAAUCCUUCCGCGGUUCUGCUCAUAUAUAUACGAAUGAGCCGAUUCCGCUGGAUGUGCUGUUCCUAAGUCUUGUUUCGUUCCAUGUACAGAAAGCUUAGAUUGGUUGUUAAAUUAUUUAGAUUUCUUGCCUGUAAUCGUCGGACGUGAAUUAUGCGAAAAUGUGAUUUGCUUUACCGCGAUGGAUCGGAAUUGACAGAAUGAUUGAUGUUACUGGGUUGUGAUUUGAAUGUGAUUGUCGAAGCGCGUUUCGUAAGAUUUAUGCCUGCUUUCUUGAAUGCGUAAUGUGUGUGUAAAAUGGUAAUCGAAUGGUCCGCCGCGUGGUUUACCUUUAUUUCCGAGCACUGGGCCACUAGCACUCGAUUUUAUGUACAGUUAACUUUUACUCUAUUUCACGAUCAGCAAAACGCCAGUGUACCAGUCGGACUCAAACAGCAAAUUUUCACAUGAAGCACAGCAUUAUGUAGAUCAUUGUUUAUAUUCGCUAGCAUGUUAGUUGUUUUUUUAGUUAGCUUCUAAACGCACAUAAUCCUAACACGCUCUCUUACCCAGUCCAUCGACGAUCUAUCAUCCCGCAAAACGAUUCAAAAGGUAGCUAUAACUUCGUAUUAAGAUUAUCGAAUAUUGAGAAGAUGCGAAAGAGAACGAGAAAGCGAGAUAGCUAAAGAUCCGUACAUUUUUGAUUACAAUACAAUCGGAAAUAACGAGUGUCCAGCGCUUAGCGUCGCUUGGAUGUGAUGAUGGAUGUGUUGGGACAGGGCUUUUUAUUACCCUGCACUGCGAACCUUUCUCGGAGCGGAGAAAGGUCAUUUUCCUUAGGCCGCUUUUUAAAAACCAGCUCUGUUGCCAACCCAUCCGUCAGUUGAAAUGAAAAAAAUAAAUAAUAAAAAAAACAGGAAUGGUGUACAAUGUGAAAAGAAUCGAACACAAACUAUAGGGUUAUAAUGUAUCACAAAAUGAAAACGUCAUUAGGUUUAGCUGCCACAAGAUUUAUUGUUUAUUUUACAUAUGAUUUUUUAAAUUAAUAUACACAGGAUGCCCUUGAUUAACUGAUACGCUACUUUGUAAUGUAUCGAUGUCAAUAUGAAAAAGGUGAAAAUAUAUAAAU